AUGGUUACCGUUUCCCGCCUCGCUUUGGCGGCUAUCGCACUCACCGGUGUCACUGCGCACCCGGGCGAGAAGCAUGAUCCUCACGUCCACAAGCGCGAGAUGGCCCUGCGCCGAUCUGUUGCCGCCAGCACCCGCCGGGCCCUCGACGCCUGUGCCGGCUCAGCUGCCGACGUCGCCCUCAAGCAGCGUGCUAUCCAACGUCGCGAGGCCAAGCUCAAGGAGCUCCGUGCGAAGAGAGCCAUCUCCGCCUCUGCUCCUAUCCGCCGCCGUGCCGAGAGUGACUUGACCACCUGGGCAGCCAUUGACCACGAGUCUUCCGGGGGAUACACUCUUGAUACUGACCCCGCCACUCUCUUCGCCCAGAACACCACUUGUGUCGUCGUGCCCGAGACCACGAUUGGUCCCUACUGGGUCGCCGGCGAGCUGAUCCGCAGCGAGAUGACCGACGGGCAGUCCGGCGUGCCUCUGCACCUUGACGUCCAAUUCGUCGACGUCUCCACCUGCGCGGGUGUGCCCGAGAUCUUGAUCGACGCUUGGCACUGCAAUGCUACCGGAGUGUACUCUGGUGUCUCUGCCACCGGCCAGGGCGGUCUUAACUCGACCUUUGGCCGUGGUGUUCAGCAGACCGAUGAUGAUGGAGUUGUCCAGUUUGAUACCAUGUUCCCGGGCCACUACACCGGCCGUGCUACCCACAUCCACGUCAAGACGACCACCGGCGCCACUGUUCUCGACAACGAUACCUAUGUCGAUGGUGUCACCAACCACGUCGGCCAGCUUUUCUUCGACCAGACCCUCAUCUCGGAAGUCGAGGCAGUUGCGCCUUACAACACCAACACGCAAGAGCUGACCCUCAACUCUGGCGAUAGCAUCGCCUUUGGUGAAGCGACUGCCGACUACGACCCCUUUGUCCAGUACGUCCUGCUCGGUGACGACGUCUCCGAGGGUGUUUUGGCCUGGAUCACCGUCGGCUACAACACCACCGCCGACUACUCCAGCUCUGCUAGCGCCGCUGCCCACUACUACGCCGAAGGCGGUGUCGAUACUUCUUCCGGAAACGGCGGCGGUGGCCCCGGAGGUGACGGUGGCCCUCCCAACGGUACCUUCCCCAGCGGUGCCGGUCCCAGUGGUGUCCCUCCCAGAGGUGCCGCUUCUGUCCCUGCUAGCUCUGCUACUUCUGCUGCCGCUGCCAGCACCACGACUGCUGCUUCCAAGGGUGGCUGUGCGCGCAAGCGUCACUUGUAA